GUGAAAGCAGUGGCCUUUCCAGAGCCAUCGAGAGCAUCCCUGCCUACAUCGCCAAAUCGAGCUUCUUCUUCGUCCUGUCUCCGGUCAUCCAAAGCAGCGGUGAUCAGGACACACUCUUCGGCCCUGGAAGCUGGUCGGAACGGGGCUGGUGUCGUGUUGAACGAGCCUUGCGCGAGCUCUCGCCUGAGAACUCCUGGAUCAUGAUCAAGAGCCAGACGGAGCUGGAGCUGGUGGCGAGCCCCGUAGGAGCCGGGGGUGGCGGGGGAGCCCCAGGAGAGGGGGUCUUCACCGUGGCCGGGGACAAGCGCAAGCUGGCGCCGAUCCUGCGGCAAACCCUGAGACGGAAGCUGCUGCUCUCCCUCAAGAGCAAGGACUUAGAGGCGUACCGGGUGCUUCUGAAUCUGCAAUCUGUCACCUUCAGGGGCUUGGAGGUGAAACCCACGAGUGAUCUGAUCCCCGGCGAUCCGGCAGAUGCCGCGCCCGGAGGGUCGGAGUCCAGAUCUCCUGAGGUGGCACACUUUCUACACCAGAAUGGCUUCAAGUCUGUCACGGACUCGGAUUCGCGUGGAUGGUCAACAUUGCACUAUGCCGCUCUGGGUGGAGAUCCCAGUUUGAUCCGGUGCCUCCUGGAGGAGCAGGCAGACGUGAAUCUCCAAACCAAGAAGGAUCAACCGCUCGUCGGUUUGGCAUCUUUCGUCUCGCCCCUGGCCAUUUCUGUCUUCUUCCGGCACAACGAGGCAGCGCGGCUGCUCCUCGCCGCCAAAGCCAAAGUUGAAGGUGGCCUGCAACCUGCCCUGAACUUGGCAGGCAUCUCGAACAACCCGGAAGGCAUUCGCAUUCUUUGCCAUGCUGGCUGCAACCCCCACACGACCAAGGACAUCUUUGGUUUCAGCGCCAUGGAGGCGGCUGCAGGUCAAGGGCAGGUGGAGGCCGUGGAGGAAAUCCUCCGCCAAGCUGGGGGAAGGGUGAGCAGUUGGAUAUUGAACCGGGCCCUCUUUCUUGCCUGUUGUUUCCGUGGCGGCAAGGCCGAAAUGAUCCAUCGGCUCAUCGAAAUGCGGGCAGACGUGAAUCGCCCUUAUCCAUUCAAAGGGUUCUCGUUCGAAGCGGCGUUCAUGGUUGCGAAGAGUCUACAGCAUCGUUUUGGCAAGGUCACAAAUAUCAACAAAAUAUCUUACCAUUCUUCUGGGGCGCGGCCUGUGAUAGCAGCGAUCCUGUCUGCACAGUACGAGGGAGCUGCGGCGCUGAUCGCCGAAGGAGCCCGCUUGGACUUGCCAAACAAGCGUGGCUGCACCGCCAUUGAUUUGGCUCAAGGCCAAGAUUUGCCUUUUUUCAUGACAGAGGCGUUGGAGGGGCGGACGGGAGAGUGCAAGCAUGUAGCGAAAGCAGCUCUCGAGCACAGCUACUUUGAAGUGUGA